GAGCGGAAGGAGGAAGAGCAGAGGGAAAACAUUACAUUCUAAAGUGAAAAGCCUCCAUUAAUACGUUAUUUCGGUCAUGGAAGUGCCCGGACCGGACAGCGACUGGAGGAGCCCGCAGUUCCGACAGAAAGUCGUCGCUCAGAUUGAAGAGGCCAUGAGGAAGGCAGGAACGCCACACACCAAGUCCAGCAACGACAUGGAGAACCACGUGUACGUCAAAGCCAAAUCCAGAGAGGAGUAUUUGUCUCUGGUGGCGCGGCUGAUCAUUCACUUCAGAGACAUCCACAAGAAGACGCUCGGAGGGCCAGAUCCCAUGAAUGCCCUGACUAACCUGACAGGGGUUGGAGGGGGCCCCGGCGCCACUAGCAUGGGGCCCCGCCCCGCCGGUGCUCCAAUGAGGAUGCAGAUAGGCCAGCAUGCCAUGGCUGGGGUGGCUGGGAACCCGCAGGCCAUCGGGGGUCCGGGCCAGAUGCCGAUGCAGCAGAUCGUGCAGCAUCAGCAAUCCAUCCAGUUCCAGCAGUUCCAGCAGGCCCAGCAGGCCCAGCAGGCCCAGCAGCAGCAGAACGCCAUGCAGCAGCAGCAGCAGCAGUUCCAGGUGCAACUGCGGGCUCAGCAAAUCCAGCAACAGCAGCAGCACCACCAGAACCAGCAACUUCAGCAGCAGAACCAACAGCAGCAGAACCAGCAGAACCAGCAGCAGCAGAACCAGAUGCACCAGAACAUGAUCCAGCAGCAGCAGAUGGUCCAGCAGCAGCAGCACGCUCAGGCCCAGGUCCAGGCUCAAGCCCAGGCUCAGGCCCAGGCCCAGGCUCAGUCCAUCCAGCACAUGGUUCAGCAGCAGCAGGUCCAGGCUCAGCCCCAGCCCGGUCAGAUAGCUCCACACCCUCAGCAGCAGCCCGGCAUGGUGCCGCCAUCGCUGUCUGGACAGAUGGCGGCCGCUCAGCACGUCCCCAUCAACUCACUCAGUCAGCAGCAGCAGCAGCAGCACCAGCUCAAGAUCCAGGCUUUCCAGGUUGAAUUUCCUCAGCUGCCUCAGGAAGAACAUCCUCUGCUGGGCCUUCUUGGAGAUGGAGCCGAUGUUCAGCUCCCACUUGAGGUCCUGGGAGAUGAUGGAGCCCAGGAAGCGGCCCGUGCAGCCCUCCAGCAGCAGCAGGCUGCAGCUCAGGCGCAGCACAACACAGCCGCAGCCGCCGUACCUGGCCAGUUGGUCCGUCCUGGGAUGCAGAUUCCAGCCCGGACGCCCCGGGCCCUGAACGCCCCCAUGCCUCCUCAGAACACUGCAGCUGCAGUCACAGCCGCAGCUGGAGGACAGCCGACCUCCCAACAGGCGCAGCAACAUCCAAUGAUGUCAUCGCCCUCACCUGGGCAGGUGCAAACCCCGCUGUCGAUGCCGCCCCCCCCUCAGCCGUCACCCCAACCCCCCACGUCACAGCCCAACUCAGCCAGCUCCGGCCCCGCUCCGUCUCCAGGGGGCUUCCAGCCUAGCCCGUCCCCCCAGCCCUCCCACAGCCCGGCCAGCGCCCGCACGCCCCUGAACUACGGGGUCCCAUCCCCCGGACCGCUCAACACGCCAGGUAACCCUGGCUCCGUGAUGAGUCCAGCUGGCCCCACCUCUCUGGAGGACCAGCAGUACAUGGAGAAACUCAAGCAGCUCUCUAAAUACAUCGAGCCGCUCCGCAGGAUGAUCAAUAAGAUCGACAAGAACGAAGACAGGAAGAAGGACCUGAGCAAGAUGAAGAGCCUGUUGAACAUCCUGACGGACCCCAACACCAGGUGUCCCCUGAAGACACUUCAGAAGUGUGAAAUUGCUCUGGAAAAGUUGAAGAAUGACAUGGCUGUGCCGACCCCCCCGCCCCCCCAGGUGUCCAACAAGCAGCAGUACCUGUGUCAGCCGCUGCUGGACGCCGUCAUGGCCAACAUCCGCUCGCCGGUCUUCAACCACUCGCUGUACCGCACCUUCGCCCCCGCCAUGGGCGCCAUCCACGGCCCCGCCAUCACGGCGCCCCUGGGCAGGAAGAGGAGGCUGGAGGCCCAGCAGCAGCAGCUCGUCCCCAACGUGCUGCAGGGGGAAGUCGCCCGGCUGGACCUCAAGUUCCUGGUGAACCUCGACCCCGCCUCCUGCAGCAGUAACGGGACCGUGCACCUGGUCUGCAAGCUGGAUGACAGGACCCUCCCCAGCGUGCCCCCCCUGCAGCUCAGCGUUCCGGCGGAUUAUCCUGACCAGAGUCCAUACUGGGCCGACGACGGGGACCAGUACGGUGCCAACGGGUUCCUGCAGGUGGUCCACAGGAACAUGACCUCCAAGCUGCUGCAGCUGCCCGACAAGCACUCGGUGACGGAGCUGCUGCACACCUGGGCCCAGAGCGUCCGCCAGGCCUGUCUGUCAGCCGCCUGAGGCCCCGCCCCCCGGAGGCCCCGCCCCCUGGGCCCAGAGCGUCCGCCAGGCCUGUCUGUCAGCCGCCUGAGGCCCCGCCCCCCGGAGGCCCCCCCUGGGCCCAGGCGUCCGCCAGGCCUGUCUGUCGGCCGCCUGAGGCCCCGCCCCCUGGGCCCAGAGCGUCCGCCAGGCCUGUCUGUCGGCCGCCUGAGGCCCCGCCCCCCGGAGGCCCCGCCCCCUGGGCCCAGAGCGUCCGCCAGGCCUGUCUGUCGGCCGCCUGAGGCCCCGCCCAUACAGACACUUACGAGCAGCUGUUGUUCCCCACACUCAUCUCAGUCCCUGAAUGCCUCAUCAGGCGAGGACAUUCCUCCCGAUGCAUUGUGGGUGAGCAGCUUGUACAUAAAAUAUACUCUUGGUUUGAAACACAACGGGAAACCCGUCUGUCCCGAUAUAUCUUCUGCUCCUGAACGCAACACACAGCUGUUUGAGACGAGCUCGUAUACCACAGAAGAAGAAGAAGACGAGCUGUAAAGACUAACUUUGAUCCUCAAGUGAAAAUAUAAAUGUAUUCUUUUGUUGUUGUUGCUAUAAUAAACUUCAGUUCAACUUUUUAA